AUGGCUCAAGGCGGAGUUGUACUGGACAGGGACCAGUUCAACUGCUCCAUAUGUCUGGACGUGUUAAAGCGCCCGGUGACCAUCCCGUGCGGACACAGCUACUGCUCGGACUGUAUCCAGAACUACUGGGACCAAGACGACUUCUUCGGGGUCUUCGUCUGCCCGCAGUGCCGACAGAGCUUCACCCCGAGGCCAGCGCUCGCCAGGAACACCAUGCUGGCAGAUGUGGUGGAGAAGUUCAAGGAAACGGGACUCCAAGCAGACGAUGUCCUAUUGUCGGCGGAGCAGACUCCAAGUUUAGCCGAAGCGGACGACGUGGAGUGCGACGUCUGCGUCGGCAGAAAGAACAAAGCCAUCAAGUCCUGCUUGGUUUGUUUGGCCUCCUACUGCGACGUGCACGUCCAGCCUCACUACGAGUCCGCUGCUUUUAAGAAGCACAGUCUGGUGUCGGCGAACAAGCGGCUGCAGGAGACGAUCUGUCCCCGACACGACAAGCUGCUGGAGGUGUACUGCCGCCACGACAGGUGCUGCAUCUGCUGCCUGUGUCUGACAGACGAGCACAAAGGACACGACACGGUGCUGGUGAAGACACAGAUACAACACACCCAGAGGCAGCUCAGUGACAUGAAACAGAGUUCCCAAGAGAAGAUUCAGCAAAAAGAAAAAGAGGCACAGGAGCUGAGACAAGCAGUUUUCUCUCUGACUCGUUCGGCUCGGGCUGCAGCUGAGGAGAGCGACGCUGUGUUCACCGAACUCAUUCGCUCCAUGGAGCUGAAGCGCUUCGAAGUGAGGGAACUAAUCAAAGCCCAGGAAAAGGCGGCCGUCGGCGAGGCCGAGCAGCUGCUGGAGAAGAUCCAGAAGGAAAUCGCAGAGCUGAAGACGAGCGAGGCCGAACUCGACCAGCUGUCCCACAUCGAGGACCCUGUCCAUUUCCUUCAGAGCUGUCAGUCCCUUCAGGCUCCACCUGAGCUGUCAGCUUCAUCUGCUCUCAUUGCAAACCCGGGUCUCUCCUUCGGCCCGGUGUUGACAGCUGUGUCGGAUGUUAAGGGACUGCUACAGGAGGUGUGUCAGGGAGGAUUUGUCAGCAUCUAUGAGAAAGUCAAAGAUGUAAAGAUUGUAGGUCCUCAGAAUCCUGCGGUUCAGUGUGAGGCUGCCUUCCCUGGUGAGACUGGGUCAGCUGCACAAAUGGAGUCACCAACCAUGAUUCCUCUUCUCGAUCUCGAUCAAGCUCCUAUUAAUCCUCUGAACCCGUUCCUUACUCCAGGACCAGCUGCACCCACGUUUGCCUUUUCACCAUUUGGCUCCAAGCUCUCCUCAGGAUCCAGACAGAGACACCUUCAGCGCCGCACUUUCUCCAGGAGGAAAUAAAGACUGGAUAUGAAACUGAACAUUUCACAUGAUGCACCCACACAGGCUGAAUAGCAUCAAACAGCCUGGCACGAAUGAAGCAAUCUGAAAUAUUCACUUAUUUAUUUGGCAUUAUAAAUUGUCAUUUUAGUAUACAAAUGUAGUGGAAAAAUAAAAGAGAGCACCUCACUAUGUGAUUAAGUUAUUAUUAAACUCCAACAGUCAGUAUUGACACUACAAUUUAUUUCAGUACCACAAAGAUCACUUUGUAUUGUUUUAAAUUGCAUGCUUUUAUAAUUAUUCCUCAUUUUUAACAACAAAAACUUUGUAAAUUGUCUGUUUUUUGUGAGAGAAACAUCAUAAUUUGUGAUUCUCCAUUAAAAAAAAAAAAGAAGCAAA